AUGGUCACCCGGGUGCUCUCAGUCGGGAUGGUCUCCGCCUCCAUUUGUCUUCACUCAUCUGGGUCGGAGAGGAUAAGCCAUCUGCGCUCCCCCUCAGUGUCUCUGGGGCCUCAGAGGAGCUUCCUUGUCGGGGAGCCGGUUUUUAACCCUGGCUAUGCUCGUUUCUCUCUUCUCCGUCUCCAGAGGCGGAGUACGCCCCUGGCGACGGCGGUGCUUUCCAUCCUACCCACUGCGUAGGUUUCUAUCCGCCUUUCUGGAUUUCCAAAAGUACCGAAUUUCUCCCCUCUGAAUAUUUGUUCUAUAGCUGUAUUCUGAGGGAGAUGUACGAAUGUGCUAAGUUUUUUUAAUCCACAUGCUCUUCCAGAAAGCCGGAGAGAAAGGAUUCAGGAGAUAAGGCUCCCCGGUGAGUGCCUUCGACUGUUAUUGAGUUUCCCCGAUUUUGCUUUCUUCCUUUUCAAUCUUGUUUUCCUUCUGGUUUGCAUUGGCGUUUUCAGUUUCAUCUUCGUUACUAUUCCCUGAUUUCAUUAAGGAAAAAUAUAGAUAAUGUUCUCGGAUGCUGUGGCAGAUGGUCUGCGAGAGCUAUAAAGUCAUUCUGCAUGGCAGAAUUGGAGGCGAGGAAGCUCAAGUAUCCCAACAACGGGACGGAGACCCUCCUCAUGGGAAUCUUGGUUGAGGGUAAGUCUCAAUUAAUCCAUUGCUAUCCCAUAGUUCUUGUUCUCCCCAUCCCUCUCUCUCCCCAGAAUUUUUUUCAUUUUGGUUCGGUAGUUGGUUCCCCAUGUGCUUAGUGUAGACGUUAAGCUAUGGGAUGGGGGUUUCUCGAGGAGAUUCAUAUUGACCACUUGUUGUAGGAUGAUUAUGGUGUUGCAUUUUGCUGCCCAGGGACGACAAUUUUUUGCUCUAAAAAAUGGAAAAUCGGGCAUCACAAAUGUAAAUUAGCAUUAGAUACAGGUGAUGAUAUGUGAUUAGAAUGCUAGAAAUACCGAGUUCAUUAAAUGGUACGCAUGAUCAGAAGGGUCUCUUGAUUCUUUUGGAAAAUGAUUUUGGAUCUUAAUAAACGAAAAGAGUUGGCGGGCUGCACGGAUUUAUAAAUUGACGUUAACUAGAAGUUUACCAAGAUUCAGGAGGUUUAGUGCUGUAAAGAGCUUCAGGUUGGUAGGAGUUCUUCAACAGUUUCCUGUAGUUGCUUGACUUUGUCUGAGAUAAGUUUCCUGUGUUGGUGAUAUUGACAGUUCAGGAAAUAAGUUGACAUGGCCAGAGAACGGGUUUCUAUCACUGUGACGAAAAGCAUUUACCUUGAGCCUCAGGUCGACAUGGAUUCAUGAAUCUAAUCGCCGAUAUCAAUCCUCACUCGACCUCCGUCAAAUUGAAAGCUUAAAAGCAAUGCAAUAAACUAUAGAAGGCUGGGAAAUCAUCACCUUGAGGGUAUAAUGAAGUGAGCUUCUAUUUUGGAUCAUUUGAGAGAGUAUGAGUGGAGGGAAAGGAGUGUAACUCUGGGUUUUGGCUCUAGACUUGGUUGGUGUUUUAGUAGAAGAGAAGGAAAGCGAUAGAAAAAUGAUGAACAUCCCUGGCUGGUGGUGAGAACUAUAUCAAUGGAUUUUCAGCGUCCUCUUUUCAAGUCGCUAUGUCCUGCAGCAGGAACUUUUUUUUCAGAUAUUAUGUUUUGACUAUAGUUGCAUCUCAUAUUAGGGAAGAGGUCUGGAAGACUCUUUGCUUGUGUUGUUGUGUGGUUUUCGAUCUUUAAGGCCUCGUUGAUGAGCAAUUUUAUUGGAUUAAAGCUAUUCAGUGCCCGUCCUAGAACAUCCAACUCCCCAGAUGUGAGUAUGCUAGAUGGGUAUCUGGAGAACGUUACUUCAAACUUAGGACCCUGGCUUUAAAGAGUUGUAAAAUCAUUUGGUCUGUGCUUAGAAUACAGUCUUGUCUGAUUCUGUUGUCCUCUUCGCUUUCUGGACUUAGUUCAUCUCAUUGAAGACUACAUAUAUUUCGCUGAAAUACAUUUGGAGCAGUCCGUCCCACUAAUCGGAAGGCAUUCAACUUUUAAGACUUGGUGGUAUCAGUUUUGCAACUAGCAAUGCGGUCCCAAAAGGCAAUUAAGUUCCUGAUAUCAGGAAUGGUUACAAAGAUGAUGAGGAUCAUCGUGCAUUCCACCUAAUUGGUGUGGGGAUUUUCGUUGAAUCUUUCUUCAUUCCCCCCCUCAAAAUUGAUCUUCCUCUUUCAUUUUUUAAACGUUCUGGAUACUCUUAUAAAGUUUUUGCAUUUUAAUUGUACUCUUCCGAUUCAGACAAACUUGUUUACGAUGAUGCAUAAUGUUCCAGUAGUCCUCUUUUGAGUCCCCACUUCCUGCUGAUGGAAGUCAAUGAUUGCUCAAAUAAUUUCUUUUUAAGCAAUUGACUUUCCGAUUUCUCUGAUUUGCUCCUAAAUCUUCUCGUAGCAUAGGAGGAUUUGUAUGAAUAUGAAUUUCGGAUCAUUGGUUGAUCCGAUCGGUCCUUUUGGUUUGAUGGGGCAAAAGACAAGUUUACGCCUGCUUCUUAUGCAUCAUCUUUUGUCUCUGCUUCAAGGCACUAGUCUUGCAUCAAAGUUUCUGCGAACAAAUGGUGUUGCACUUUCCAAAGUACGAGAGGAGACCAUUAAAUUGCUUGGGAAGUCAGAUAUGUAUUUCUUCAGCCCUGAGCAUCCACCGUUAACUGAACCCGCGCAAAGGGCCCUAGAUUGGGCUGUUGAUGAGAAACUGAAAUCAGGUGAGCAGUAUUUUUGUAGUAUUUUUUGUUUGGUGUACCUUCAUGAGAUUUAUUUUUUUCUUUUUCUCUGAAAAUCUUGCGGGCUACAAUUUCUGUCUUUUUUCUGAUUAUACGGGCAAAUUCAGCAGUUUGAGGUUGAAUUUUGUUAUGGAUGUUGGGAGCACCAGGGUGCGUCAUUGCUGCUGUCUCAGUUUCGUGGUUGACCCAGAAGAUGGGGGUUGGUGUUUUGAGAAAUGUGGCGGUACUUUUCUGUGUAUCUGUCAUAAACAUGUUCCAAAAAAGUCAUAUACAUGUGGAUAGAAUUUCAGCCGCCAUUUUAACACCUUGUCUUUCGUAACAAGGGAUUUCAAUUCCCUGAUGCGAGAAAUGCAAGUGAUCCACCCAGAGGAUGAUAGAAUUCCCUCGCCUUUUAGGGAAGCUUUUCUCAUUACUUCUUCUGAUAACGAUCCACGUUUAACAGUGAACUUUGCCCAAAUUAGAGAUGGCUUCAAUUUUCUAAACUCGAUCAAGUUUUCAUGACCCUAGAGUCACAUGUAUGCUUUCUCCAAGUUUCAAGCUUGUUGGAUGAUGAGCCGUAUUCUUCAACUCGGUAACCUUCAGGAGAAGAUUGAAACUUUUGUUGGGCUCGAGCAUCAGGGAGUGGAUUAACAAAUAGGACUCGGAUCAUCUACUGCUCGAUUACCAUGUCUACCUUCACUGAAAUUCCUUUUUUGGAUGACUUCAUUGUUGCAUUUUCUUCUCUGAAAUAUAUGCUUUCCUAGAUUAUUCUCAUUUAAGAGCAACAAGUUCGGGGUUGGGAAUCAUCCAUAGGAGCGAUGAACAGGCAUCGGAAAUCAUGGAAUACAUGCCGUCAGCCGUUGAAUCAAUGAGCACCGUCGAACUUAUUAAAAUCUGAUCACUAGGAUGACGGGCUAUGGAGUUGCCUGAUUUCUAAAGACAACAAGCGAUGAUGGAACCUCUGAGAAGACUAUUUGGUUGGAAUGGGUCACGCUCAUAUUAAUGGAGGGGAUUAUUGCUGGUGGAUUGACUCCUCGCUCCAGCAAUUGAGCUCCCAGAGAACUCUCUAAUCGCCACGGCUGUUUUGUGUGUUUUUUUUCCAAGUGCACAAUACCGCAUGAUUAUUACCAUAAGCAGGAGAAAAAGGAUGACCAUGCUAUAGUUCUACACUAGUCACCCUCAGGACUGGAAAAUAGUUAGGUUGCCAAGAAAAACCCAGGCUGAGGUUACAGUGGAAACUAUUACUGGGGACCCAUCAAUUUUCUUCAUACUCGGGCUAAAUUACGUUAAACCCUCUUGGGUACCCCUGAUAUUGCCGCAUAAGCAUGCAUCAAUGACAUUUUCUUUUCUUUUGUCUAAAAUAGGAAUCCCCUUUGACCAAUCUCCUUGCGACCCCCUAGAUUUCCAACCCCCUUUUUUUCGCAUAGGUGUUGAAGGAGAAGUGACGACGACGCACCUGCUUCUGGGAAUAUGGUCUGAGGUUGAUUCAGCUGGUCACAAGAUCUUGGCAUCCCUCGGUUUCAAUGACGAGAAGGCCAGUGAACUCGCAAAGAAUGUAAGUGUUCUUACUUGGCUGGUCAAACAUGCCAUGCGCCGGUUCAAAGACAUCUGAUUUCCCUGUUAUAUUUUCAGGCCAACAAAGAUUUUGAGUUGAACUACAGGUAG